AUGCAAAGCCUGGACAGGUCAUGGAUCCUGUCCACUAUAGGCUCAGAUUUCGACCUGCGGACCCUCAGGGCUGUGCGAGUAUUGAGGCCCCUCAAACUGGUGUCCGGUAUUCCCAGCUUACAGGUGGUGCUCAAAUCCAUCAUGAAGGCCAUGAUUCCUCUGCUGCAGAUUGGCAUGCUUCUUUUCUUCGCCAUCCUCAUGUUCGCCAUCAUCGGCCUGGAGUUCUACAUGGGCAAAUUCCACACAACAUGCUAUGACAAUCACACAGGUGAGAUGAAAGAAGAGUAUCCAUGUGGGACAGAGCUUCCGUCGCGGCUGUGUCCAGAGGGCACCUUGUGUCGAAGGUACUGGACGGGACCAAACUACGGCAUCACCCAGUUUGACAACAUCCUGUUUGCUAUCCUCACCGUCUUCCAGUGUAUCACCAUGGAGGGCUGGACUGACCUGCUCUACUAUAGCAACGAUGCCUCAGGGAGUGCAUGGAACUGGAUGUACUUCAUCCCCCUCAUCAUCAUCGGCUCCUUACUCAUCAUCAUCGGCUCCUUCUUCAUGCUCAACCUGGUGCUGGGUGUGUUGUCAGGGGAGUUUGCCAAAGAGAGAGAGCGUGUGGAGAACAGGAGUGAGUUCCUGAAGCUCAGAAGACAGCAGCAGAUAGAAAGGGAACUCAACGGAUAUCUGGAGUGGAUCUGCAAAGCUGAGGAGGUCAUCUUGGCGGAUGAUGACAAUGUCACGGCUUAUGAUGGCUCACGUAGAAGAGCCACAAAGAACCAUAAGAGCAAAGCUGAGCUGCUGAACCCAGAGGAAGGGGAGGGAGACCUGGCAGUGAUAUGUGGUAGUAUAUUUGAAGUGCUGUGGUCCAUCAUCCAGCCGGGCACGUCGUUUGGCAUCAGCGUGCUUCGAGCUCUCAGGUUAUUGAGGAUUUUCAAAGUCACCAAGUGA